CUGACUCCACGUGCGCCAUGCUGGACAAGUGGGAGGAGAAGGCUCGGGAGGAUAAGAGCUUUGACAUCUUCUGCGACGUGGGCCACAUGGCGCUGGACACGCUCAUGAAGUGCACCUUCGGCAAAGCAGACGGUGGCCUGAGUCACAGGGACAGUAGCUACUACCAGGCGGUCAGUGAGCUCACUCUGCUGACGCAGCAGUGCCUGGAGUCCUUCCAGUACCACAACGACUUCAUCUGCUGGCUCACCCCCCACGGCCGCCGCUUCCUGCGGGCCUGCCAGGUGGCCCACGACCACACAGACCAGGUCAUCAGGGAACGGAAGACAGCCCUGCAGGACGAGAAAAAGCGGGAGAAGAUCCGGAACCGCAGGCACCUGGACUUCCUGGACAUUCUCCUGGGGGCUCGGGUGAGCGCACGCCCACCUGGGAACUGGCGCCACGGGGUCUGCAGACCAUCUUCCCAGGACAGGGCUCACUGGACAGCAGCGGGGCUGUUCACCAUUGUCCUCCUCUUUGCCCAGCAAACAUGGCCUGUUCCUUGUCCCAUGACACAUAUCAGCACAGGCUCAGAGGUGGGAAGGUGCCGGGUGUGGCUGGCCGUGGCGCUGGGGAGAGAUGUCCUAGCAGGGAGGUUGGGUCACAUGCGCAAAGGCCUGACGACCACCUCUAGACUUCUAAGACUGGGAAGAAUCUCAGCACCCCAGAAUCUUAGGGAUGAAUAUGGGAUCAAGCUGUCAGACGCAGACCUCUGGGCUGAGGUGGACACGUUAAUGUUUGAAGGCCAUGACACCACCACCAGUGGCAUCUCCUGGUUUCUCUACUGCGUGGCCCUGUACCCUGAGCACCAGCAGUGUUGUCGGGAGGAGGUACACGAGAUCUUCGAGAACUGA